AGGGGGAGGUGUCGCGCAGUGUCUGGGACCAGGAAGCGCUAUAGAAAUAGUAUCGCGCGCAGUGUCUUGCGCCAGAGAAGACAGACCUGCUGGUUUGAAAAACCCAUGGUGUUACGAAUCUCUCUGUGAUUCGGUGACAGCGGUUAUAGGUAGAGCGUAGUUGCUUCCUCCCCCGACUCGUAGUUAUAUUGAUUUAUUUUUUUUGUUUGGAGCGAAUAUAGCUUCCACUUAAAGACGGGAAUAAGGGUGACUAUCUGGAGCAAGAUACAGUAGAAACAAGAAGAUUUUAUUUUCCCAUCUUGUCAACAUCACCAUGGCUUCAACAACCUGUACCAGGUUUACUGACGAAUAUCAACUUUACGAGGAGCUUGGGAAGGGCGCAUUCUCUGUGGUGAGGAGAUGCAUGAAGAUCUCCUCCGGACAGGAGUAUGCUGCCAAAAUCAUCAACACUAAGAAGCUCUCGGCUAGGGAUCACCAGAAGCUGGAGCGCGAGGCUCGGAUCUGUCGCCUGCUGAAGCACCACAACAUCGUGAGGCUUCACGACAGCAUAUCAGAGGAGGGCUUCCACUACCUAGUCUUUGACUUAGUCACGGGCGGGGAGCUGUUCGAGGACAUCGUGGCCCGAGAAUACUACAGUGAAGCUGACGCCAGUCACUGUAUUCAGCAGAUUCUAGAAAGUGUUAAUCAUUGUCACCUAAAUGGCAUAGUGCACAGGGACCUGAAGCCAGAGAAUUUGCUUUUGGCCAGUAAGCUGAAGGGGGCUGCUGUGAAGCUUGCGGACUUUGGGCUGGCUAUUGAAGUCCAGGGCGACCAACAGGCCUGGUUUGGGUUUGCUGGAACUCCGGGUUACCUGUCUCCGGAGGUGCUGAGGAAAGACCCAUAUGGAAAACCUGUGGACAUGUGGGCCUGCGGGGUGAUCCUGUACAUCCUGCUGGUGGGGUACCCCCCUUUCUGGGACGAGGACCAGCACCGGCUCUAUCAGCAGAUCAAGGCCGGGGCUUAUGACUUUCCUUCUCCUGAGUGGGACACGGUGACCCCUGAGGCCAAAGACCUGAUCAACAAGAUGUUGACCAUCAACCCAGUGAAGCGUAUCACCGCCACAGAGGCCCUGAAGCACCCCUGGAUCUGCCAACGGUCCACAGUGGCCUCCAUGAUGCACAGACAGGAGACGGUGGAGUGCUUGAAGAAGUUCAACGCCAGGAGAAAACUCAAGGGGGCCAUUCUGACCACCAUGCUGGCUACACGAAACUUCUCAGCAGCCAGAAGUUUGCUGAACAAGAAGCCUGAUGGGGUCAAGAUUAACAACAAAGCCAACGUAGUAACCAGCCCCAAAGAGCCGGUCCCCACUCCCGCACUGGAGCCUCAGACCACUGUUAUCCACAACCCCACUGAUGGAAACAAGGAGUCCCUAGAGAGCGCUAACACCACCAUCGAGGACGAGGACGUGAAAGCCCGCAAGCAGGAGAUCAUUAAGGUCACAGAGCAGCUGAUCGAGGCCAUCAACAAUGGGGACUUUGAAGCCUACACGAAGAUCUGUGACCCAGGCCUUACCUCUUUCGAACCCGAGGCCUUAGGCAACCUGGUCGAGGGCACCGACUUCCACAGGUUCUACUUCGAGAACGCCCUGUCCAAGGGGAACAAGCCCAUCCACACCAUCCUGCUGAACCCGCACGUGCACCUGAUCGGGGAGGACGCCGCCUGCAUCGCGUACAUCCGGCUGACGCAGUACAUGGACGGCAGCAGCAUGCCCCGCACCAUGCAGUCCGAGGAGACGCGCGUGUGGCACCGCCGCGACGCCAAGUGGCAGAACAUCCACUUCCACCGCUCCGGUUCGCCCACCGUGCCCUCCAAGUAAGCUGAGAAGAGUCAUCAGCGUAGAGCUACUCAAUCGAAGACUUCGUGUCUGCCAACCCCUGCCUACCUACCUAUCUGCCAUAUCCACCCCCCCCCCCACCCCCCAAACCCCACCCCCCAAACCCCACCCUUUCCACCACUGCCCGUCUGACCCGGGAGUGUUGUUUACACGUCCCUGCUGGAGGAGAUCCCAGCAGAAAACCCUGAUGCUACCCGAACCCAUCCUCUCCGUAUCAUUGUGCGAUGCUGUACACGCUCCACUACAUCAAUGGACGUUUAUCAGAGUUGUGUCUUUUUAAUUGCUUUAAUUAUUGUUAAUUCCUUUCUUUUUUUGAUAAGUUGUAUACAUUUUUAAAAAUAAAAUUCAUACAUACACAAAUACAGAACCACCAGAGCCACUGAGGAUAUGUGACGCGUUAAAUCACAAUUCCCGUUCGCCGUUGAACGUCGACAAUGCGGUACGGAACAUUUUCAUCCCCCGUUUAAUCUCAUCUGAAAACAGAAUGGUGUGGUCACUUUUCUGAACCGAGAUCCGCGUACAUAUUCUUUCAUCAGUGCAUUCACUGGCAUCAGUGCGCAAGCUGGAGCAGAUUGUUCUGUUCCUAAUCAAUCGGAGUGAUCAGCAUCAAAAAGAAACCUUUAUCGUUCAGGGCUAUCCAUGUGACACAGUAACAAGGCCGUUCACCUGUCAUCUCACGGCGAUUUUCAUUCACUUCUGUUAUUUGUGUGUGUCAGUUUGAGUGCAAUAUGACAAAUACAGAUUUUUAAGAGAAAAUAAAAAAGAGCUUGCUUAUGUGCUGGUGAUGUACAGACUUUGUGAUUGAAGUAAACUGCUACUCUUGCAUACACUUGGAGUAUUACCAGUUUCAUGUUGGCCAGCUGUUUUCUGUUCGAUCUAAACCGGCGUGUCGAGUUUACCUGGGCUAAUACAAAAGAUAAAAAAAAUGUCUUCAAUGUUAAGAAAGAGCAAAACAAGAAGCAUACAUUUGUACCUAUGAUAUAUACUGUACGUGUUUGCCUAUACAUUAUCACAUUAAAUACUAUUUCUCAGAUGUUUUAAUGAUAAUAGAAUGUGACAUAUGAAUAUAUACAUAUACAUAAAGUCGUGGUUUGGCACAUGGAAAGAUGUUUUAAGUCAGACCAAGAUAUUAUCUUUUUUGGUAAUCGUGAAAUUUAUUGGUUGUUGAUUUGCUUUUUUCACUUUGGUAAAAUUUUAUUCUGUUUGGGUUUUAUUAUUUUGUAACAUUGUGUAAUUGAUUGGUUUUCCUAAUCACACGUGAUCCAUUUAUUUGCCCUUUAUAAUCGAUUGAGUUUGUCUGCGGAUACACUUUGUGCAGCAGCAAAGAAUAAAAUUCCAUUGCAUGACCCCCCCCCCCCCCCCACACACACACACACACACCCCACCCCCAACCACAAGCAUAAACCUAUAGCCCAUACCCUCCUAACAAGCACCUUUGGCUAAUCCUUUGUACAAUGUGGAUCUCUGUGUUUGCUAUUUGAUUUAAGGCGAUGUUAAUGAUGACGUUGAUGUUUUAUAUUUGGGGGGAAAAGGAAUAGUUAUUGAGUCCAAUGGAAUCACUCAGUUUGAAUCAUUUUUUGUAGGUAGUGCUUUGCUUAAAUAUGAGUGUGUUGAGCCAUGUCAUUUUGCCAAUAACGUUGUGUGGAGAUAAGGGGAUAAAAGCGUUAAAAUAAUCAGUUUUAUUUUCUGUAAAUCGCUGGUGUGGCAUCGUUGUUGUUUAUUAAACAAGAAUAAAUAGAUGUGGCAUUUGGCAUUUUUAAUAUCUAAGAUGGAAUAUAUUAUGUAGUAUAUGUCAAGUUGGUCUUCCACAAGGAUUUCUUAGGAACUUGAUACCUGUACGUCUUCAUUAUGAUGGCACAAUAAAGUUAUUGUUCUCUGAAAAAGAUUUUCCCCCUCUUCUAAGUUUUGAAAAACAGCAGUGCACCAUCGGACAUGGUGUGUAUACCGUAGAACUUGCUGUUAUAAUAAAGGAUUGAUUGAUAUAUUUAAGAAAUUAUAAUAAAAUGUGUGAAUUCUGCUGA